AUGCCAGCCGCCACCGAGGCGCGUGUCAAUGAUGCGCUCGGCGCUCUGCUCCGCAAGGUGGUCGGCUCCAACGAUGCUGGCAGUUCUUCAGCAGAGUACAGGUCGAGCAACGGCCAUGUCAACGGCGACUCCUCUGCCGCACUCGUAGCAGCCUCUCAGUUCCUCGCAGACGGUCUCCACCGAGGCGCAGCGAAGUUGAACGGGCAAAACAUCGUCCGAGACGGAUCUCACAGCGAAGAAGAGAUUGCGCAUGCUCUCAAUCGCCUUCUCAUAUCGGGCGUCAUCACACCACUCAUCGAUGCACCUUCGUCCAGCCGGAGUCAUGCCGAGGCCCACAAUGCGGGAGCUGGCAUCGGGAUCCGUCAAGCCCUCGACACCUUGUCCCGCACGUUGAGCGCAUCGCCCAAGUACCUCGAGCACCUCUUCGAAUCCAACGACCGUGCUUGUGCCACGGCGUCGACAAGCGCCGUGACCCUCGACAUGACCAACACCACUUUCGACGUCUGGGCCACUCCUCGUCUACUUUGUGCAGCUGCCUCGAUGCUGUCCGCCAGCCGCUCUUCCAGAGCCACAAGAGAACCUGAAUACGCACAGCACUCCAAGGAUCUCUCUCACCAACUCCUCGAUCACCUGCAAAAGCUUCUCUCCGUAUCCGCCGAGACGGUCGGUCAGGUCGAUAAUGUCCGCUACAUUCUCGCCGAAUGCUUGCGCGCUUCCGUACACGCGCUUGCACAGACAGGUCAGACCUCCUUCAGCGCCAAUGCACGCCUCCCGGACUUUGUCGUUCCGAAUCCAGACCACUCAGUAUCGCUUCCGAGCAUCCCGCACGAUGCGUCUCAGGUCAUCUCCUUCUAUCGCUCUCCGCUUUCUGAUCCCUCCUUCCGCCUCACUUCGCGCAAAGACCGUCCUAAACCCGCUGGGAGCGGUUUUGCCGCCCUUUCGUCAUUACAACGGGACGCCGCGCUCACUUUCUCACUAGGCGCCAAGACUGCGGGAACGGAAGAUGCGGACAGGAAAGGCAUCAUCGCCGAUCGCGCCAGUGGGCUCUUCCUCACAUCGAUCGACCUGUGUCUCAGGCUCGCCCAAGAGUUUCCAACCUACUUUAUCGACGUCGCAGACUAUGCCGUGCUUCUAUUCGUCGAGCACCUGCAGCACAGAUGGACGUGUGCCAAGCAAAGGCAACCGAAGCCAGCUCUGCACACACCUCUCGCUCCUGACGCUUACAAGAUCGUCAGCAGCCAUGCUGCAUUUCUCGCUGAAUCCUACCCAAGCAGCCUCGUGAGGGUAAUGCAGGUAGCUGCAGAGCACAUGUCGUCUCUCGCCGACAUCCUCGAUCACGUUGACGUCGAUGAUGGCGAGCACCUUCAUGUGGCGCAUGCUUUGAUCUCCAUCGGAUCUUGCUUCAGCGCAUAUGCUCUUCAAGUGCCGGACUCAAGACAAGAAGAGCUCGCAGCCGUCCUGGAACCUUAUCAAAAUCUCCUCACGGGUCAGCUGCGACUCAGAGGCCCAUCGAUCGCCGAUUCGCCGGACUUGAUACAGCGAUCUGCUGUCGUGUGCUUCGUGUCGACGCUGGCGUCUCUGGUCGUCGCAAGCGGACGUCGUUUCGAGGCGCCAUUCUUGGCUGAUCUCCAUUCGCAGAUGGCCUCAUUGCUGGAGGACGUUGCCCAGAAACCGCAAGAAUUUGCUCGCUUGCAGGGCACGACCGCACUCGACGAUCUUCGGCAGCUGCAUAGCCUGUUGCGAGACCGCAUGGAUGCCCGCGCUCGGGCACAAGCAGGAACGGAUCAGGUUCGAGCUCGCAUCGACAACUUCAAGAGACGAAGGCUCGACCAUUCCGACAACUUGGCUAAGACCAUGAACGUGAUCGAUGCCUUGCUUCCGCUCGAUGCUACUACCACAGAAUCAUCUGAGCAGUCGCACGAGAUCUCGCGGAGACGUCUCAUCUCGCGAACGUGUCUUCACACAGUCCUUAAGGGCGAGGCGAUGGAUGUACAUGCGUCCCAAGCCACAUGCAUCUGCGAGCGUCACCCCAGAGGGGAAAUAGCAGAGCUGGAGACCGCCCUUGCCAAUGCCGAGCAACACGAGCCGGAUCCUUCUGCCGUUGCUGCACUGUGGAAAGACGUCCACAACGCUGUCAAGACAUCACGCCUCUUGUCAUCCCGCAUCAUCGAUAUGUUGCGCCGCUGCGUUGCCCAUUCUUCAGUCUCAAAGCCACUCCCGUUCAAUGGCGACAAGAACGUCUUCAAUAUCAUUGCGCAUUCUCUGCGCUCGAAAGCUCGCAGCUGUCGUCUCGCUGCCAAUGAGCUAGCAGUUGCUUACCAGAAACGCCUGCUGCUGCAGCGGGACACCAGCAUCGAAGAGGAAUGGAUCGUCCGCUUCCUUCAUAUCCCUAGAAUCUACGAAGACCUUCUCGCCGAUGUCAGCCAAUCUUCCUGCCACGAGACCGCCCUUGUUGGGCUCGGCCAGCUCUUCGAGAUGCCCGUCGAAAGCUGUCAGGAGAUCUGCUUGCUGACGCUCAUCCUGCACCUGGGCCACGCAAAUCCAUUCAUCAAGGCAUGCGCUUACACGCAAAUCGUGCAGAUCGCCGCUGCACAUCGGUGCACGACGUUCCAGUUGGUGCAAAAGCACUUCGAAAGGGUCUCGACAUCCAUCGUCGAGCGCUUCAUCUCGAUGCCAGAUCUAUGGACGAGCUUCUUGAGCCUGAUCAAGAUGAACCAAGCCACCUUCUUCAAUCUGACGAAAGAGUACACGCUGCCCCACCUCAUCACGAUGAUCUGCUCUGGAGACAGUACGGCCGAGAUCGGAACCAAGAUGAUCGAGCUGAUCGCUCGCGCCCUCGGCACGGAUGUUCCUCGACUCUGUCACGACAACAUCACGCCCAUCUUUCGGUCAUUCUUCAUGCGCUCCGCAUCAUUGCGAGACCUAGGCCUCUCCACCCUGGUGCAGCUGAUCGGUGUCGAUGCAGCAAGUCUCAAGGUGCUUUUGCGCAGUCGUCAGUCGGACGUCGUCGGAUAUCUUGUUGUCAAGCUCGGCAAUCGUGCGGCCCGCAAGGAAGCCUACGCAGGUCUCGAGUUCAUCAUCGAGACGAUCAACGGAACGUCUGCGGCGGCCAGGACAAGAGACCCAGAGCUGCUCAAAUCUAAAGUCGCUGGCUUUCUCAAAGGCGAGAUUCUCGCUAUCCUCACCUGGAUCAAUCAAGAGCUAUCAGGAGAGCAUGGUAGGAGGACGGCCACCGAUCUCGCGUUCGCAUUGCAUAGCAUUGGUGCCCUCGUCGAGAUCAUUGGUCCGCCCAUCAGCGCAGUCACACCACAGAUCAUGGCUACGCUCAACAGUCACCUUCAGCCCGACUCGGUCAGCCUCGCCACGCUGGAAAGCUGGAAGAUCUUUAUCACAACACUGCGCUUCGACGACAUUGGUCCCUUUGUGGGGCAAACCGCUGCAGCUUUGCUGUCGGCUUGGGACCGUUUCAACCCUGAACGGAAGAGGAUAGCCAUUUCCAUCCUUCACUACCUCAUUCUCGAGAACGCGGCGUAUCUCAAGAACUUCAUCGACGACAUUCCGAGUCUGGACCGUCUCGACGCUGAGAUCCCCGAAAUCUGCCGCGGCUUGCGCGGUGUCAGGGAGACGUGGAACAACGAUCGACGAUUCCGAAACAUCCUGGAUCGGUCAUCGCACGAGAACACCUCCAUCUGCAACGAGUCACUGCGAGAGCUGCAGACCUUCCUCACCGAGGAGCGCGUCUACAUCGAAGCGCUCACAUCCGGUGACUCGUUCAGUCCGCUCGUCGGACAGUGCAUUCGAACAUUGAUGCAUGUUGCUGCGCGUAGCGAUGUGCAGGAUACCGACAUCCGGGACUUGUGCUUCCGCUGCUUCGGGCUGAUCGGCGCCGUCGAUCCAGACCGUAUCGAGCAUGCCGUUGAAGAACCUGUCAAGAUCGUCCUGGACAAUUUCGAAAAUCAAGAAGAAGCGAUUGACUUUUCGAUUCACCUCAUUCGCGAUCUACUGGUUCCCGCCUUCCGAGCUGCUACGGACACGACGCAGCAGAACGGCCUGGCCUACGCCAUCCAAGAGCUUCUCAAGGUGGCUGGCUUUAACAGCGCCAUCCUCACCACAGGCUCGAAUGCACGUACGGUGGGCAUCAAGACGCGACAACGCCUUGCCGACUUGCCGCAAGACGUGGUCGACACGAUCACUCCGCUGCUCGACUCGAGAUACGGCGCGCAGGUGGGAAAGCCCAGCAUGCGCGAAACUCCGAUCUACACGCAUUCGCGCUCGUACGGCGACUGGCUGCAGAGCUGGACGAGUCGACUCAUCACCAAGACGGUGGAGCGAUGCGACUCUUCUGCGGCUGCUGCCCUCGCCGGAGGCGGCGCGAACAAGAGCGCCGCUGGCGUUGCCUCGACCAUCUUUGCUGUAUUCCGAGUCGCCAUCCGGUCGCAUGACGUGGGCAUCGCACGGCAUCUGCUUCCCCAUCUCGUACUGCACACCAUCAUUUCGGGCGACGACAUCGACCGAGAGGCUUGUGUCGACGAAAUUCAGACUGUCCUCCGUGACCAGGUCGAGAGUGAGACCAAGUACGAGGCCGAGCGGAAGCUCUUGACCGCACAGACGCUGUUCACCAUCAUGGAUCACGUCGGAAUAUGGAUGCGACGCAAGCGUCAAGAGCUUGCGCGUACUUCUCGUCGACCCAGGCUCGCUACAGGCGGUGGCGAGGAAACGCUUGCUGUCGUUGAGUCGAUCAUGCAUCGCAUCUCCCAGGAGCUUCUGGCCCAGGCAUCGCUGCAGUGCAACGCAUACUCACGCGCGCUCCUCAACUUCGAGUUGCGUGUCCGAGCGAUGCGGUCCGAAGGCAAAGACGACCACGACCUGCAAGGCUACUACGAGAACAUGCACAGGAUCUACGCUCACCUGGAUGAGCCCGACGGGAUGGAGGGCAUCUCGACGAGGGUCAUCUCGCCUUCCCUCGAACACCAGAUUCGUGAACACGAAAGCACGGGUCGAUGGACGUCGGCACAAAGCUGUUGGGAAGUGGAGCUGCAACAGCGGCCUCACGAUCCGGAGCUCCAUCUUGGCUUGCUGCGCUGCCUGCGGAAUUUGGGCCACUACGACACCAUGCGCACGCACAUUCGCGGAGCCCUCAGUGCCCACCCUGAAUGGGAGGACCUCCUGGAUGCGUUCAGGGUCGAGGGCGCCUGCAUUCUUGGCGAUUGGAAAGAGGUGGAAGCUCGCACCCAACGAAGUCAGGCCAAGAGCCCAGAGCACUCGAUCGGACGAGCUCUCCUGGCUAUGCGUCAGAACGACACCGAGGUUUUUGGCAAAGUGCUCGUGCAGGCGCGUCAAGAUCUUGGUAAGCCGCUCGUCGCUGCCGGCAAGGCAUCGUAUCCAGGCGUCUACGGCUCGGUGCUUCACCUUCAUAUGCUCCAAGAGCUCGAGAUGAUUCGCUUGCAUGCGCGAACACAUGCUGGCGAACGAGUCGGUGCGCUGACGAGGGCCAUCGCGUCUGAUACGGUCUCCGACCUGAAUCGAUCGCUGGCCGCACGCCUGAACGCGACGCUUCCUUCCUUCCGGAUGCAAGAGCCUCUCCUCAGCUUGCGGAGGACCGCUUUUGCUGCGAUGCCUUCGUCGCUCGGAUCUGGCAAGGAGGUCGGACAGGCGUGGAUCGCCACCUCAAAGAUCGCUCGUCGCGCCGGUCACAUGCAGACCGCGUACUCUGCGACGCUGCAAGCGACGCAGAAUCAGGCCACCUUUGCCUUUGUGCAGAGAGUGAAGCUGCUCGCAAAGGAGGAACAGACGCACGCUGCCAUCCGCGACUUGGUCAAUUCGCUCAACACGCUGACGAGCACCUUCAAGCCGGGUCAGAUCGGCGACAUGUCCAAGAUCGGCCUCAUCGAGCUGCAACAGACGGAUGCAGAAGGUCGCACAUUGCGCAUCGAUCGUGCGACGUAUGCAAAAGCCUGUCUGCUGCGAGCGCGCCUUCAAGACUCGACCUUCCGCUACACCGCCAACGAGGUGCUGGACCGAUACAAGGAAGCAACCAAGGAGCAGAACGACUCGGAAAAGAUGUGGUACCAUCUCGGCCACUUUCAGGACACGCACGAGGGUCUCUUGCCCAACAUGACGAUGCAACGCUACAACGUCUGUCGGUCGUUCCUGCGCUCGGCUCAGGUCGGCACCAAAUUCUUCUACCGAACUUUGCCUCGCGUCUUGACCAUCUGGAUGGACCUGGCCGCUGACGAAAAAAUUCUCACCCAUGGCAAAAAGGGCAGCAGCAGUGAUGCUGAGCUCGCGCAGAAGGUGGACGCCUUCACGCAGCUCAACAGCCUGAUGAAGAAGUUCAGCCGACGACUCAAGCCUUUCCAGUGGCUCGCCGUGUUCCCGCAGCUGGUCGCGCGUAUCGUGCAAAAGAACGAUGACGCUUGGUUGGUGCUGCAGGACAUGAUCCUCCAGGUGCUCCUGGCGUAUCCUCAGCAGGCCAUGUGGUCGAUGGUGGCAGGAGCCAGCUCCAAAGACCCGGAACGCAAGCGACGCUACACCGAGAUGAUCCAUCGACUGAGCUCCAAAGGCGGCUCGAGCCACAAGGAAGUGGUCAAGGUGGUGUCGUCCUCCCAACGCCUCGCAAAGGAGCUUCUGCGGCUGUGUGACUACAGUGUUGGCAAGAACGAGACGGUGCUCAGCAUGGAAAAGCUGUUCCCCGGUUUGCUGGAAGUGGCCAACACGUCGGAACUGCUGCUACCGCUGCAGAGCUCAAUGACGGUGCUGCUCCCCUCCAAUCACCUGAUCUCGGAGGAGCAUCGACCGUUCCCUUCGAAUCUGCCGACCAUCAGGACCUUCGAGGAUACGAUCGAGGUGAUGAACAGUCUGCAGAAGCCACGCAAGAUGAUGAUCAUCGGCAACGACGGCAACCGGUACCCGUUCCUGUGCAAACCCAAGGACGACCUGCGCAAGGACGCGCGACUGAUGGAGUUCGACUCCAUGAUCAACAAGUUGCUGCAGAGCCAGCCGGAGUCGCGUAAGAGGAAGCUGUACGUGCGGACGUACGCGGUGCUCAUCCUCAACGAGGAGCACGGUCUGAUCGAAUGGGUGCCUCACACGGUGGGCUUCCGACAUAUUCUGACCAAGCUGUACAAUGGCAAGGGCAUGCAGAUCUACACUUCCGAGGUCAAGACGAGCAUGGACGAAGCGCGCGUGUCGCCGGACCCGAGGACGACCGAGAAGAUCUUUCAAGACAAGGUCUUGUCCCGAUUCGCACCCGUCUUCCACGAAUGGUUUCUCGCCACGUUCCCGGACCCGACAGCAUGGCUUCAAGCACGAUCCGCCUACGCACGGACGGCGGCAGUCAUGUCGAUGGUGGGCUUCGUGCUGGGACUCGGAGAUCGUCACGGCGAGAACAUUCUGUUCGACUCGAACAGCGGCGACACGGUGCAUGUGGAUCUGAACUGCCUGUUCGACAAGGGGCAGCGCUUCGAGAUUCCGGAACGAGUGCCGUUCCGACUGACGCAGAACAUGGUGGACGCGAUGGGCGUCACAGGCUGCGACGGCGUAUUCCGCAAGAGCGCCGAGAUCACGAUGAGUAUUCUGCGAGACAAUCGCGACUCGCUGAUGAGCGUGCUCGAGGCCAUGGUGCACGACCCUCUAGGCGAAUGGAGCGUUCCAGAAGAUCGGCAUCGAUCCAAGACGUCGGCCAAGCGACACGAUGCACGUGGGGAAGAUCCACGUGUGGUGGAAGCGCGUCGAGCGCUGGAUCCGGUCGCCAACAAACUCGACGGACGGCUGUACCGACUUGGAUCACGCGAGCCGAGUCCACCCUACUCGACCAACAACCUGGUGGACGCACUGAUCAAAGAAGCCACCAGCUCGGUCAACCUGGCCAAGAUGUACAUCGGAUGGAGCAGCUGGCUCUGA